CAGAAUGUGUGUUGGUCUGGUUUGUGAGACAGUGGCAGGCGGGCCACCACCGGCCCACCAAUCUGUUUACGGCCCUCACCUGAAGAUUCUCCUAACCAGUUCAAGUUAUAUAUGUAUAUAUAUGUUUAAAUCGCUGAUGGAUUAAAAAAAUAUGCAGUGAUUUUUACGAUUUUAUAGUUUGUUCAGUACUGUGAGUGCUCACGUCUGUAUAUAAUUUUUGGCUAGACAUUCUCAUUCGGAUGUCACUGUUGUUAAAGUAUGAAUUGGCCGUAUGAAUCGCCACUAUUUGUUUAUAUGUUAGUGCAGUGUUUACAGAUGCAUAUGUUAUAAUUAUAAAUACAUGAACUAAACUAUACAGUAUUAUAUGGUAUAGUUAAGAGUGCUGGUGCUCACAGCUCAGCAUGGGCUGAACGAAGGUGAUUCAAAUUGGUGUUGAAACAGUAAUAUUUGCUAAAAAUGUAGAAAAUAUUACUACUACCACUACUUAUAAUAAUUAUACUAAUUCACUAGAGGUUUAUGCGAAGGAAAUAUUGGGAUGUAUAUUGUUUCAGGAGACCCUUGAUAGUGUGUGUGAUAUUGACCAACAGGUCCGGGUCAUCCAGAUAAAUGAUAAAGCCUGUAAAUAGGCCUGUGCGUGGGCGUGAGGCGUGGGUGUGAGGCGUGGGCGAAGGAGGAUGAACUCUGGUUGGCGGCUGGACUGGCGUGGGUCGUCAGGAUCACUAUGGAGCCGUGGACGGGAAUGUAGGGGACCUGAUAGCCUCGACUUACUGAACGGUGCUCGUCACGUUCCUCCCUCAGGCAGCUCUCCCAGAGGUGGUGGUCGCCCGCGACGCAGUGGCUUCCGUAAGCGAUUCCUCUCCCUGACGGAGGGUCUUACCAACUUCUUGACGGGGGAGAAGAAGGAUAAGCAGCCAACGAAGCCCUCCAACUUCCGCCCCUUCGACCACUCGACAGAUCUAGAACUCAGUAACUCUGGGUACUGCUCAGACUACAGCUCUGACUGUCGUACUGAGCACAUACGCAAGAAUAGUAACUCCAGCCUGUCCUCGUUCAAGGACUUACCCUCCAGUCUGGUAUCAUGGGUAAGCCCCGUCAACGGGCGUCCGUCGGGGCACGUGAUGAAUCCUGGGGCCCCAAAAGUUUUAUCCAAGAGUCAGGGUUCUGUGAAGGCACCGCCAAGUCCUCCCCCUCGACGCUUCUCUCUGUGGGCCAUGGAUGUCCACUUCGACCACUACUACUUCCCCGACCCUCUCCACCCUAAUGACUCCAUCACGUAUGAGCCACCCGCCCCACCUCCGCCGCCCCCACCCUCCAUAUGUUACUAUAACCUGGCGCCGCCCAAAUCACCGCUACUAAGCCGCCAGAAUUCCCCUAGGCCGCGUGCGCCUACUCCAUUAUCAGCACUGAAGCGGCCCCGCACGCCACCCUCACCCCGCGCCCAGAGUCCCUUCAGGAGCUGUACGCCGCCUACGCCCCGGGUAACGACGCCCAUAGGGUCCCCGGUGAUGCGGGGACGCAGCUUGUCCGACAGUCGCGGCACCGAUGUCUCCCGUGCCGCGUCCGAGACUCGAACCCGCGAGUCUCGCGCGGCUUGGUACCGGCGCAAGUCACAGGCCCGCAGGCGCGCCCACUCACCGGUGCAGGGUAGUGGGUGCGUGUUGGCUAGGACAGUAGGAGUGGUAUUGGAGAAGGAAGAGGGCAGCUUUGGGUUUACAGUGAGAGGUGGGUCCUCUCAUGAUACCACCAAGUCCAGGCCACUUAUAAUUACCCAUGUUAGGCCAGGUGGUCCUGCUGACAGAGAGGGGACAAUCAAAGCUGGAGACCGCCUCAUUGCUGUAGAUGGACGAGACUUGACCCGCUGUUCCCUCACCGAAGCCCAGGAAGCGCUGCGCAAAGUAGAGCGUAGUGCCACCCUCACUGUAGAAUGUGGUGCACUUGCUGUCAAUGAUAUUGUAGCAGCUAUAGAUGGGACAAGACUUGACCAGUUAACAGUUGCUGAAGCUGCUCAAUUGCUGAAGACUGCACCAGGUUCACAUGUCACAUUAGAAAUCAUACCAGGAGCUGCUGCACAACCCAGGAUGACUUUUCGAAGAGGAGGUGGUGUAUCAUUCCCACAUUUGUAUGGUGUUGUUGGCAGCAGUAGUGGGUAUGGAAGUGGUGGUGGAGGUGGAUAUUUAUCACCAAGUUCUAGUUACAAUACUCUUAGCUCACAGCGGCCGCGUUCAGCUGCUGCUAGAAGAGUUAACAGACGAACUAGACCCAAUGAUCGAGCAGAGACAGGAUCUAUUUCAUCACACACCACUGGAGGAGGAAGUGUAGGGAGGGUUGGCGUGUGUCAUCCAGAGUGUCUCACAGUAACACUGGUGGUAGAAGGUCGUGGUUAUGGACUGGUACUUCGCCCACCCCCACACCCAGCAGACCCUGACACAGCCUUGCCUGUUAUUGCUGCCAUUGACCCAGGAGGCCCAGCUGACAAAUGUAGUGUUGUAAGUGUAGGUGACCGCCUAAUGGGGGUGAAUGGCCGCAGUGUGUCAGGUCUUGGUGUAAGUGAAGUCACACAGAUGGUAGCUAACUCUCGUCCAACAGUCACACUCGACGUUGAAUUUGAUGUUGCUGACUCAGUUGUGCCUUCAUCUGGCACAUUUGCAGUCAAGUUAGCCAAAAGACACAAUGGGCUUGGUAUUACUUUGACAGCUGGACGCCGUGCAGGUUCAGGAGAGCCACUGCUAAUCAGUGAGGUGGUCCGUGGUUCACCAGCACAUCGAUCUGGUACCAUGCAGCCAGGUGACAGACUCUUGGCUAUUGAUGACACUCGCUUAGAAAAUCUUACCUUGGAUGAUGCUAAAACCAUUCUUCAAUGUUGUGAUGAAAUUGUCACACUAAGAGUGCAAAAAGAUGAACUAUAUUCAGAAGAGAGUGGUGGACUAGUGAUUUACACAGUGGAACUGGUGCGUCAUGGAGGGGCACUAGGAAUUACGAUUUCUGGUAGUGAGGAACCCUUCGAUCCUAUUUAUAUUGCGGGUCUUGCUCCAGGUGGGCUAGCAGACCGAACUGGGGCCAUUCAUGUAGGUGAUCGACUCCUGGCUAUCAAUGGUGCCUCCUUGAGAGGAAAGCCACUUAGUGAGGCCAUCCUCAUGCUUCAGAAUUCUGGUGACACUGUCACUCUCAAGAUUUCUCGUCCUAGAGACUCUGGAGUACCUAGUGAGGAACUGGCCAGAGAUGAUUGGUUGGGACGAUUUGGCCCAGCAAUUCCAUCUGUGGAUUCGGCUGUGGAGUCAUGGGACAGCUCAGGAAUGGACCCUCCACCUCCAGGCUCUACUCCAGCACUGUCGAAGAGAGAUUCUGGUUCGGAUAUUGUCUUUAGAUCAGAUUGUGGCAGUACUGUAAGACGGAGAGGGGGACUGGAGUGUAGAGAAGAGAAUAAUGGUGCUGGAGACACUGAUGAUGUUGAUGCCAACAGAAAAGUUCCUGAAGAGGACACAAGGGAUACCUGGGGGUCUCCCUCCCCACCACCAUCUGUAGACAGUGGUCAGUCAGAGGAUAAAACCGACUGGGACAAGAUGAUUGCAGACCUCAACCAGAUAAGUGAGAGCUGUGGUCUCCGAGAUCGUCCCCAGUCACCCACAAUACUUCUGCCUCAUGGACAUGCAGGCACAGCUCUGCAGUGCAAGAAAGAAGGCCAAAUGAAUAGUAGUGAUGUUCCUGUUACCAGUGCAGGAACUGAUGCUACUCACUGCCAGACUUUAUGUGCACGGAGACGUCCUGCAGCUAGCAUUGCUAGUAUGAGUCUUGAUGGGGUGGAAGCCAAGGAGGAAGGCAGCUAUUCUAUAAGCAAUGCUGCACUAACAUACUCAGCUACGUAUGCAAGGACAGCUUCACCUCCUCCUGGUGGUGGACAGGUAUACCAAGUGACUCUGUUGAAGGAUCGUGUAUAUGAAGAUUUUGGCUUUAGUGUUUCUGAUGGCCUCUAUGAGAAAGGGGUUUAUGUCAACAGAAUACGAAAAGGUGGACCAGCUGAUAGGUCUGGCAUACUGAAACCAUUUGACAGAAUUCUUCAGGUAAAUGAAACCAGAACACAUGACUUCGACUGCUGCCUUACUGUGCCUCUGAUGGCUGCAGCAGGAGACCACUUGUUGCUGGUAGUGUCUAGAAACCCCCAUGCCAAUCCCACAUUAGACUUCUCCUCUGAUAUACAUUCACCUACGUGGCAUGAUAUUGAAGAGGGUGAGGAAGAUGAAGCAGCAGAAGAAAAAGAACUUGGAGACAGAGAUUUGGAGUCUUAUUCUUUGCCCACACCCUCCUUUACACCAAUACCCACUAUCCUGAAGACACUCUAAAUACAUGAAUAGUUGCAAUUAAAUGGUAUUUAGUUUCAUUAUUAUUACAUUCAAGGGAAACAAGCAUUGAACCCAUAGGAGUCUUGGUGCCUUGGGAAAGGGACAGCAAUCAAAUUCUAUCCAAGGAAAGGAUGCUGGUGAGGGGCUCUUGAUCUAGGGAAUUGGAUCUGUGCUCUGGUUCCAUGAAUUGGGCCUGAAUACCUUCCAUUCCCCUCCCCCCACGUGUGUUGUAUAAUCCUAUGGGUUUAGUGCUCCCCCGUGAUUAUAAUAUCCAGGGAGAGAAGAGGAUAGGUCCAGUACCUUGUAUUAAGAGUCCCUUAACCCAAUCAAGAAACAAUGACAGGUUUAAAAAACAGAUUAUUAAGACAUGUAAUACAGUUAGCUCUCUUAUAAAGCUGCUCUAUAUACUGUAAUUUUUUUUGUGAAUACAAUUAAAAAAAUACAUCCAAACUUGAAUAGCAACUGAAAAAAAUCACACUAUAGAAGAGCUUUAUAAGAGAACUAACUGCAAUCCUAAUACUGAAUAAUGUACGACAUACUUGAGCAUCAGUGGCCUUAUAUUAAUACAGUAAUGUAUGUAUAUAAUUUUUGUAUUAUAAUUUUAUAAAUAUGGUG